UUCUAGGAAGUAAAUACGAAAUAGUAUCAGAAUUAGUGCACGAAUGUGACAAAAUUUUCAACUUAAUCAGCGGCAAUAUUUUUCCAAUCCUUCCUUUAAGGAUGGUCGCCCGCGCAAUUCCGGAAACUCAUCAACAUUUUCGAGCAUUUUUUCCUUUUACCCAAAUGCCAAGCACUGGUAAUAGUUAGUCAGCGGGGAUGGUUGAAUUUUCCAAGCCGUUAGUCGGAGCAGCUACCUUCCUCGCUUUCUACAGUAUGCAUUCUUUUCUUAUUUUUAUUUUCUGGAGGGGUUCUGGUUGGCUGGUGGACUUUCUUCACUUCUUCUUCUUCUUCUUCAACAUCAUCAUCAUCAUUUUCGUUUCCACCCAUCUCCUCACAGAUCCUGUUCUCCUCCUGCCAUUUUCUGUCUGAGAGGCAAUGGGAGGGUGUUGUUCCAAAAAAAGAGUUGAUAAGAGUAACUUAUAUGCUGCUGGCCGUGGUGGUAAUUAUGGAUCUGGUGUGGCUUAUCAGCCGACUCAGGUGUCCUUGAAUUCAGGUGGCAUGAGCCCACAGGUGAGGGAAAACAUGGAGAAGGAAUUACCAGAAUCAGAGGACGUGUCAGAACCGAAAAAAUCACGAGAACCAUCUCCAAAUCAUCAGAAAGGCAUGCCUGGAUAUGCGAACAACAUGGAUGAUUUCUAUGAUGGGAUUCCACGAUAUACAAGGGCUCGAUCUCUGAAAUCUAGAUCAAUAAGGUCACAGGGGGCGGUUGCAAAGGUUUCAGAAGUUAGCACACGUUUAGGUAAAGCUGGUAGUCUUGGGCUUGGAAAGGCAGUGGAGGUCUUGGACACACUUAGUAGUACUGUGAUAAAUUUGAACCCUACCGGUGGAUUUGCUUCUGGGGGUGGGACUAAAGGCAAUGAAAUGUCAAUUUUAGCUUUUGAGGUUGCAAAUACAAUUGUUAAGGCUUCCAACCUUAUGCAAUUCCUUUCAAAAAGAAGCAUGAGACAUUUGAAAGAAGUGGUGCUUCCUUCGGAAGGUGUACAACGUUUAGUAUCAACAGAUAUGGAUGAACUUCUAAGAAUUGUCGUGGCGGACAAGAGGGAAGAGUUGAAAAUUUUUGUGGGAGAAGUGGUUCGUUUUGGAAAUCAUUGUAGAGAUCCUCAGUGGCACAACUUGGACCUUUAUUUUGAGAAACACAGCAGAGGUCUUACUUUCCAGAAGCGGUUGGAGGAAGAAGCAGAUACAGUGAUGCAGCAACUAAUGACCUUGGUUCAGUAUACAGCUGAGUUAUACCAUGAGCUGGGUAUGCUGGACAGAUACGAACAAGAUUAUCAGCACAAGCGUCUGGAAGACGCUAUUUCAGUUGGUCCUAAAGGUGGGGGGCUUGCAAUCUUGAGGUCAGAAUUGAAAAACCAAAAGAAGCAAGUACGAAAUUUAAAGAAGAAGUCACUCUGGUCCAGGAGUUUAGAAGAGGUGAUGGAGAAGCUUGUAGAUAUUGUCCACUUUUUACAUCUGGAGAUACACAAUACCUUUGGCACUGUAGAUAGUGAUACACCUGUAAAUGGAUCUGUGAGUGAUCAUCGAAGAUUGGGACCUGCUGGUCUUGCAUUGCAUUAUGCAAAUAUUGUUAUGCAAAUUGAUGCCCUUGUAGGUAAAUCAAGUAAUAUGCCUCCAAGCAUAAGAGAUGCAUUAUACCAGAACCUGCCACCUAGUAUAAAAUCAGCUCUGCGCUCCAAGAUACAAUCCUUCCAUGUCAAGGAAGAGCUAACCGACACAGAAAUCAAAACUGAGAUGGAGAAAACAUUGCAGUGGCUUGUUCCAAUUGCCACAAACACAGCCAAAGCCCAUCACGGCUUUGGUUGGGUUGGAGAGUGGGCAGGCACAGGGAAGGCAGCUGUGCAGACUGAUGUGAUUCAAAUUGCAACAUUCCAUCAUGCAGACAAGGAGAAAACCGAAGCAUUCAUUCUUGAACAAAUACUGUGGCUUCAGCAUUUGGCAAGCCGGUCCCAGCAUGGAACCAAUGGUGUAGGUGUGAGGUCAACUACCAAAUCCCCAACAAGCUCAUCCACCCAUAAACCAAAUCAACAACCCAAUGACAAAGCCACCAACGCACCCUCACCCAUCCUAACUGAAAAAGACCAGGAAAUGCUGCAGAACAUGAGUAAGAAAAAACGAGCCUCAAGAAUCAGCAAGAGCCAGGACUUCGACUCAGUGAAAACCGGGCUAAGAAAACACAACAGGCUGAGCAAGAGUGGCAGCUACUCCCCAACAAGAGGAAGCAAGGAGUUAGCACCUGUGACCAGGCUCUCAUCAGGCUUGCCCGUCAUUGAUUUCGGUAUUGACAAGAAGAAGGCUUUGGAUGUGAUUGAUAGAGUAGACACUGUCAGAUAGAAGGGCUUCACAUAUUCUGCAGAUUGCAGCCUGUGUAGCAUGGAAAGAUGGGAUUCCAUUACUUUGGUUCAUAUGCAAGGCAGGUAUCUAAAAACAAUACAGUGCUGAGUUGUGUGUAUAUGAUUUUGUGGCUCAAGCUUGUGUAAACUAUGACCCCGUAUUUUACCCGGUGCGUAGAAAACAUUUCCGGGAAAAUUUGUAGCUCCAAGACGAUGACAGUGAUGAUGAUGGUUUCCUGUAUCAGAAGGAAGGCCAAUUGAGAAAGAUGUAUUUGUAAAUGUCACACAUUUUCUGAGUUUCAUAGCCCAAGGCGGAGGUUUUGUUUCUUCU